AUGUCUACUACUACUUCCAUGAACACGAGCGUCCGAAACGUUCUCCGUGGUGCUGACCCGAUCACCACCAGAUCCAAUCAGCUCGAAAACGAGUUGAGAGGCCCAGUAGAUGCGCACGAAGAGAACUUUUUGACGGCAAACAAUGGCGUUACAGGGCGGGAGCCCAACACAAACCCCCAAGAUUGGCUCACUGAUCAUCGUCGUGUGCCAGCUCACCGGCCUCCAGUUACGCACCAGGAAUGGGUAACUAUUGGUGGACCACUACCCAUGCGCAUCUUCCUUUGGAACAUGUUCAGUGGUUGUCAGCUACUUCAGUGGGGCUAUACCAUCGCCCGAGUUACCGGAAUGCACGAUCGAGGCUUCGGCAUGUACAUGGUUGCCAACGAGUGGUGA